AUGGAUGGCCUCCUGCUGAACACCGAGGAUAUAUACACGUUUAUCACCAAUUCUAUUCUAGAGGAAUAUGGCAAGCCUAAUUUGCCAUGGUCCAUCAAGGCUCAGCUACAAGGCAGACCUGCUCCCGAAGCCGUCAAAAUCUUCCAUGACUGGGCAAAACUUCCAAUCUCUCAUGAGGAAUACUCGCAGAAAUUGGCUGUGUUGCAGCAAAAGCUUUUCCCUUCUGCCGCGCCGUUGCCCGGUGUGGUGAAACUGCUCAAUGACCUCCAUGCCACAACAAAGACCGGCCAUCCAAUCUACAUUGCUCUAGCCACAUCAUCUCAUAGAAAGAACUUUGAGCUUAAGACCGGCCAUCUGAAGGAACUCUUCUCUCUAUUCCCAAAAUCAAACGAAGUCGUGGGCGACGAUCCGCGAAUUGGCAAGGGUCGCGGGAAACCCUUGCCAGAUAUAUACUUGCUUGCUUUGGAAACCAUUAAUGAAGAGCUGAGCGCAAAAGGGGAGAGACCGAUAAAACCAGAGGAAUGUCUUGUUUUUGAGGAUGCCGUUCCCGGUGUUGAGGCCGGUCGACGAGCCGGAAUGCAGGUUGUCUGGUGUCCCCAUCCCGGCUUGCUGAAUGAAUACAAGGGCCGCGAGGAGGAAGUCCUCGCUGGCCUUACUGGAGAACACAAGGAGGAAGAAAAGACGGAUGCUGAAAAGGAAGCUGAGGCGUUGCAGGGGGAGCGCAUUUCCCGUGGAAAUGGUUCGGGUAAGCCUGGCAAGCUGAAUGAUGGAUGGGGUCGUUUGCUUCCUACGCUGGAGAACUUCCCAUACGAGCAGUACGGCAUUGAGGUGCCUUAG